AUGCAUCUCCUGGUCAAGUCCCUUCGGGGACGCAGCAUCAAGUCCCCGCCCACCCGUGUGCACCUCGCAGCUCACGCAGCCCCACUCACCCACAUGAGCCCGCUGCGCACACAGCCUCCUGGUGAUCGGUUGUUGCAGCAUGAGGGCAUCAUGGCUUUCAAGAAGCAGUGCCGCACGCGCCCACCAGGGGGCAGCAGGUCUCGGCCCAGCGGCGCCGCGAUCGACGUCAGAAGCAGCGCCUCGCCCCUUGACCGUGACCCCGGGCGGCGCCGGGCGGCGGGGCUGGCGCGGCGGGAGCGCCACGGGCUGCGCGGGCUGCGCGAUGGGCUGGCGCUGUGUCCCAAGCGGGGCGGGUCGUGGUGGGUCCCUGACGGCAAAGCGGCGGUCAAGAUCUUUGAUUCCGGGGGAGGAUCCGCGCACCAGUUUGGAAGAAAGGGGGACCCCGCCAGGACAUUUAAGUACCCCCUCGAUGUCACCGUCACCAACGACUGCCACGUGGUUGUCACCGAUGCCGGCGACCGCUCCAUCAAAGUGUUCGAUUUUUUUGGCCAGAUCAGGCUUGUCGUCGGAGGCCAGUUCUCCUUGCCUUGGGGUGUGGAGACCACCCCUCAGAAUAGGGUCGUGGUAACUGACGCGGAGGCAGGGUCCCUGCACCUCCUGGAGGUGGACUUUCCAGAAGGGGUCCUCCGGCGAACGGAGAGGUUGCAAGCGCAUCUGUGCGGUCCCCGAGGGGUGGCGGUGUCCUGGCUCACAGGGGCCAUUGCGGUCCUAGAGCGCCCCCUGGCGCUGGGGGCCGGGACCUGCAGCACCACGGUGAAGGUGUUCAGCGCCACCAUGCAGCUCAUUGGCCAGGUGGACACCUUCGGGCUGAGCCUCUUCUUCCCCUCGGAAAUCACGGCCUCCGCUGUGACCUUCGAUCACCAGGGGAAUGUGAUCGUCGCCGAUACGUCCAGUCACGCUGUCCUGUGCUUAGGAAAACCCGAGGAGUUUCCCGUACCGAAGCCCGUCAUCACCCACGGGCUUUCCCAUCCUGUGGCACUGACCUUCACCAAGGAGAAUUCUCUUCUUGUGCUGGACAGUGCCGCCCAUUCUGUAAAAGUCUAUAAGGUUGACUGGGGAUGAUGGGCGUGGUGAGGAUUCUGGGGCUUGGAACCAGAAGCCCUGGAGCUGCCAUUAAUGAAUUGUUUAGCCCUGGAUACAUUAUUUAGUCUCAUCUAUCCAAUAGGGAUCAUUAUAACCCCUGGCAGACUUACAGAGGGUGAGGCAAUUAUUAAAGAAUAUUAAUGAAAUCUA